UUCACAUCUGGAUAUUUUGGUUCUUGAAUUGAAUCAGCAUACAUAAGACAGAGAGGGAGAGAGGGGAUUGUUCUUGCGAAGGAGGAGGGGAUCUGAGCUUCCCUUUUGCGCGUUGAAUACUCACACACACACUGUUUGUUGACGGAGAGAGAUAGAACCCCAGGCGAAGGAAAGCUAUAUUACUUUUUCUUGAUUGUUUAUUUGGGGAGGAAAAGGCUUCUCUUUCCUUUCCCUUGAAAAUGCUUAUUUGUCCUUUUUGAGACUCUUUCGGUUAGCUGGGUCGGUCUGCUUCUUUUUUCCAUACUUACUUUCAGGCAUAACAACAAACAAAAAAAGUAAGGGGGAAGUGAAGGGGAAGAUAGAUAUACAUAAUACAAUUAUACAAUUACAGAGGCAUUUGUUUCUGAUUCUUCUUUCUUUUUUUGGGUAAGAAAUGAGAGCUGGGUUUAGCACGAUCCAACAAACUCUGACGCCGGAGGCGGCGAGCGUGUUGAACCAUUCGAUAGCUGAGGCGGGUCGCCGGAAUCAUGGCCAGACUACGCCUCUACAUGUGGCGGCGACUCUUCUUGCUUCGCCAUCUGGGUUUCUUCGGCAAGCCUGCAUCAAGUCCCAUCCCAAUUCGUCCCAUCCUUUACAGUGUCGAGCGCUCGAACUCUGCUUUAGUGUUGCCUUGGAGCGGCUACCGACGGCUCAGAAUCUCAGCCCGGGCCCUGAACCUCCUAUAUCGAAUGCUUUAAUGGCCGCACUCAAGCGGGCCCAGGCUCAUCAGCGCCGUGGAUGUCCGGAGCAGCAGCAGCAGCCGCUGUUGGCCGUCAAAGUUGAGCUUGAACAGCUUGUUAUAUCGAUUCUUGAUGACCCAAGUGUGAGCAGAGUCAUGCGCGAAGCCAGCUUUUCUAGUCCAGCCGUUAAGGCGACAAUUGAACAGUCUUUGAAUUCGACGAGUACGGUGGCUUCUAAUUCUAGUUCAAUUGGGUUGGGUUUUCGUGCACCGACACCGGUAACGGCGGUCCCGGGUCCUACCGGUCGAAAUUUGUAUCUAAAUCCACGAUUGCAACAGCAGAGUAACGCUUCCCAAUCCGGGUAUCAGAGGAAUGAGGAAGUGAAGCGAGUUUUGGAUAUAUUUUUGAGGACUAAGAAGAGGAACCCUGUUUUGGUAGGAGAAUCAGAGCCGGAUGCGUUGUUAAAGGAGCUAUUGAGGAGAAUUGAAAAUAAGGAAAUCGGAGAUGGGCCUCUGAAGAAUGUUCGGGUGAUUCAGUUGGAGAAGCUGAUUCAUGUACAUAAAGAUCAUCGUUUAGACAAGGCACAAAUACCAGGAAAGAUUAAGGAAUUAGGGGAAUUGGUUGAGACCCAGAUGUCAAAUUUGGAGGAUGGAGGCGUGAUUCUUAGUUUGGGUGAUUUGAAGUGGCUGGUUGAGCAGCCAGUAAACUUUGGGGUUACGGGUCUCGGUCCUAUGCCCCUGCAGCUGCAGCAGCAGCAGCAGCAGGUGGUUUCAGAGGCAGGGAGGGCUGCGGUUGCAGAGAUGGGGAAACUAUUGGCGAGGUUUGCGGAGUGUGGUGCUGGCAUGGGAAGACUUUGGUUAAUUGGGACUGCCACUUGUGAAACUUAUUUGCGGUGCCAGGUCUAUCAUCCUUCCAUGGAAAAUGAUUGGGAUUUGCAGGCUGUACCAAUUGCUGCCAGAGCACCUCUUGCAGGGAUGUUUCCAAGGCUUGGGAGCAAUGGGAUUCUUGGGAGCUCAGUCGAUUCAUUCUCUCCAUUAAAAAGUUUACAAACUACAUCUGCUUUGACAAGGCGUGUGCCUGAGAACUUGGAUCCUGCUCGAAGGUCUAGCUGCUGUCCUCAGUGCAUGCAGAGUUAUGAACAAGAGCUAGAGAAACUUGGAUGCGAGGACUUUGAGAAAACCUCAUCUGAAAUUAAAUCCGAAGCAGACAGGCCGGCACUCCCCCAGUGGUUGCAAAAUGCCAAGGCACAGGAUGACAGUGCUAGAACAUUUGAUCAGACACCAACGAAGGAUGAAGAACUAAUAAUGAAACAGAAGUCCUUGGAAUUACGGAAGAAAUGGGAUGACACUUGUUUGCGCCUUCAUCCUAAUUUUCAUCAUCUGUCCAACGCCAAUUCUCAGAGAAUUGCUCCCACUUUCUCGAUGCCAAGCAUGUACAAUCCAAAUUUGCUUGUUCGUCAACCUUUGCAGCCUAGAGUACAGCACAAUAGAAACCUGGGGGAAUCAUUGCAAUUGAAUCAAAGUGCAGUGCUCUCUCAACCAUCUGAGCAGGCAGUUUCACCGCCAGCAAGCCCAGUGAAAACAGACCUCGUUCUAGGGCGGCCAAAGGUGAAGGAGACAAGCCCAGACAAAAUUCAGAGGGGGAUGACCAAAGAUUUUCUGGGAUGCAUUCCUUCUGAUCCACAGAACAGGUCACAUGAACUGCAGAGCAACAGGCUUUUUAGUUCAUCAGAUGCUGACACGUUCAAGAAGCUUCUCAAAGGUUUAAUGGAAAAAGUAUGGUGGCAGAAAGAGGCUGCAUCUGCAGUGGCCACAACUGUGACACAAUGUAAAUUGGGCAAUGGAAAGCGGAGGGGUGCUGGAUCAAGGGGUGAUACAUGGCUACUGUUCACAGGUCCUGAUAGGGUUGGCAAGAAAAAGAUGGCAUCGGCUUUGUCUGAGAUGGUUUAUGGAUCCGAUCCAGUCAUUGUCAAUCUCGGCUCACGACGUGAUGCUGGAGAACCUGAUGUAAAUUUCCGUGGUAAAACUGUCUUAUCUAGAAUAGUUGAGGCCGUUAAAAGGAACCCCUUUUCAGUCAUCAUGCUUGAGGACAUUGAUGAAGCGAAUAUGCUUGUUUGUGGGAGCAUUAAGCGGGCCAUGGAUAGAGGCCGACUUUCGGAUUCAUACGGCUGCGAAAUCAGUCUUGGGAAUGUUAUUUUCGUUCUUACUGCGAAUUGGUUGCCAGACGAUCUCAAGUUCUUGACAAGUAGCAUUUCACUUUAUGAGAAAAAGCUUGCCAUGUUAUCAAAGGGAGGGUGGCAGUUGAAGCUUUGCCUUCAAGUAAAAACUGCAAAACGGCGAGCUAAUUGGCUUUGUGAUGAAGAAAUGUCCAAUAAGCUACGGAAGGAGUCCGCUCCAGCACUUUCAUUCGAUCUGAAUGAAGCUGCUGCUGAUACAGGGGAUAAUAAAACCGACAGGUCAAACAAUUCAAGCGAUCUCACAACCGGUCAUGAAGACGAGAAUGUCCUCCUUAACUGCAGACUAUUAUCAUCCACAACCUCUUCAGCAUCUCAUGAGCUGUUGAGUUCUGUAGACGACACCAUUGUCUUCAAGCCCAUUGAUUUUGGCCCCAUUCGACGCGACAUUGCCAACUCCAUCACGAAAAAAUUCUCCACCAUUAUUGGGAGUGGGCUCUCAAUUGAAAUAGAAGAUGAGGCUCUUGAAAAAAUUGCCGGUGGGGUAUGGUUAAGUCAGACUGGUAUGGAGGACUGGAUGGAAAAAGCUCUUGUUCCAAGCUUGCACCAGCUCAAGUCACGGAUGCCAACAAAUGUGGAUGAGUUGGGAGCCAUUGUGGUCCGGCUCGAACCAGAUGGCAAUUCUGAUGCCAGUGGCAAUGGAGAUUUGUUGCCUAGUAGCAUCAAUGUUGUGGUGGAUGGGUUGUGAGUUUUGGUUUAUACACUUGGGGUGUUUGGAUGUAGAGAUGUAAAUAUCACUCAACAACAAGAAAAACUGUUUUUGGCGGGGGAAGAGUAAGAGACGGUUAGAAAGAAAGGGAGGACGUUAAGAACUUAGAAUCUUGACAAUGCCUUGCACUUCCUUAUUAUUUAAUUUUUUUAUGGUUUUUUUGGGGUAAGAAAAAACAAUAUAUAUAUAUAUAUAUAUGGAAGGUGAUAAUACAUUUGUUUAUUUUAGUUAUUUAUAAUGAUGAAUUAAUAAGAUUGAAGCAUUCUUCUCA